AUGGCGUCCGAGAGACACUUUAGACACAUUCCUCCGUUCCCAGAUCAUGUCCCAGUCAUUUCCAUCAACACCAUCUCCCUGGCAGACCUGCGCUCGGCCGACGGAAACUCCGCCCAGAGCAUGCUGGCCGCCUGCCAAGAGCUGGGGUUCUUCUCUCUCAGUCUCCGCGGGGACAGCCUGGGGGAGGCCAUGAUGGAAGACAUUGACCAGCUGUUCGACGUGGCCAGGGACAUCAUGGACCUCCCCCCGCACGUCAAGCAGCAAUACUUGCACGACAUCCCGAGAAGCUUUCUGGGGUUCAAGCCUCUCGGCCAUGCCAAGACUGAGACCGAGGAGCCAGACCGCUUCGAGUGGUUCAACCUGGGCCAGGAUGGCCUGAUGGGCACCGCGCCGCUCCAACCGCUCCCGCAUCUCGUGCAGAGCCAUCUCCCGCUGUUCCGCUCGUUCCUCCACCGCGGCCAGUCUCUGCAGAAAACCAUAUGCUCUGCCCUCGAGGCCCAGCUCUCGCUGCCCGAGGGCAUCUUGAUGGCCUCGCAGACCCCGACGAAGCCCUCGGGCACCGUCAUCCGGCUCAUCAAGGCACUGGCCUGUCCGCGGGAUGAAGAUCUUCGCACGAGCAUGAUCCACCACACUGAUUUCGGCACCAUUACGCUUCUGGCCAAUGUCGUUGGCGGCCUGCAAAUCCUGACGCCUGGAGGGUCUGCCGCCGAUGAGGGCGCAUGGCUCUGGGUGCGUCCUGUGCCGGGCUGUCUGAUUGUCAACCUUGGGGAUGCGAUGGUGCAGUGGACGGGCGGCAUCCUGCGCAGCAAUGUCCAUCGCAUUCGGUAUCCGCCAGGGCAGCAGCGCCGUGUUGACCGGUACAGCCUCGCCAUUCUCUUUAGGCCGGAACGGGAGGCGAGCAUGAAGAACAAGACGGGCGAGGGCGAGGGCGGGGACACGGGGAACGUGGCCGACGAUGGCAACUUGACCGCCUGGGAAUGGGAGGUGAAGAAGGCAAUGGCCCUGUCGAGAGGGGAUGCCGUCGUGCAGAGCAAGGGCGGGAAACUACUGUAUGGGAACUGA